AUGUCGGCCUCAAGAUCGCUCUCACGAAGCCUUGCGAGGCUGUCGCAAGCGGGAUGCCGUCGAGCUCCCUCCACGAAUGCGCCGUAUAGAGGCUUGACCGCCUUACCGAGCCCUAUCCUUCGAUCCGCACCUACAUCGCGAGCUCUUCAAUCUCUUCAAUUGUCUCCGAGCCGUCGCGCAUUCUCUACAACACCCCAGCGGCGGCAUGGCCAUGUCACCCCGCCAAAGCCUGGUGAAGAGCUCUGGGUCACAUUCAUCGAUAAAGAAGGCGAGGAGCACAAAUUCGCCGUUUCAGCGGGCGACAACCUGCUCGACAUUGCCCAGGCCAACGAUUUGGAGAUGGAGGAGGGAGAAGAUCAUUUUGACAAGAUGCCCGAGCCCGAAGACGACGAGAACGAUAUGCUGGACCUCGCUUUUGGGCUGACCGAGACAAGCCGUCUGGGCUGCCAAGUUAUCAUGACCAAGGAGCUGGACGGCUUGGUGGUGAGGCUGCCUUCUAUGACGAGAAACAUGCAAGCGAGCGACUUUCAAUGA